AUGACGAGCUACAUCCCCCAGCUCACCCUCCCCUCUUCCAUCUUCACCUCAGCACCAGCCUCCAUCCUCCUCCCCGUAGCUCUCGGAACAGCCGUAGGCUUCGGCACAGGCUUUGUCUCCGACCAAAAACGCCAAUACCACUCCCUCCGGCAACCCCCCCUCCGCCCUCCCUCCUCCGUCUUCGGCCCUGUCUGGACCCUCCUCUACGGCACCAUGGGCUACGCCGCCCACCGCGCCUACCUUUUCGGGACCUCUUCCCCUUCUUCUCUCCUCCUCCCAACCACCAACCCAUCAUCAACAGUCCACCACACCGCCACGUUAUACACCCUCCAACUCGGCUUGAACUUAAUCUGGAUGCCCCUCUUCUUCGGUCUGCGUCGUCCCAUGCUGGCUACCCUCGACUGCGCAGCGCUGGUGGGGAUCAAUGCCUACUUGGCCUGGACGUGGGGAACCCAAAUCGAUGCGGUGGCGGGCUGGUUGAUGGUGCCGUAUGUGUGCUGGUUGGGGUUUGCUACGUAUUUGAGUGCGGGGAGUGGGUAUUUGAAUGAGUGGGAUUUUAGCGAGGAGAGGAUUAGGAAGGGGGAGGAGGAGCAGAAGAGAAAGAAGAAGGGGUUGUAA